CACUCCACUUGCUUUUCCCGCCAAAGAACGGUCACCUUUAACUUACCUUGAGUACUGUUCAGUGUUCAUUUUCAGUCAGUGUACAGCCGUCGUGGAAGACAAAUAUUUUGAGUGUCAUCUUGCGUGUGACGAAAGAUACCUUUUCAACAGUUACCGUUCAUGAAAUGAGAGAUCAUGGUUGGGAUAGAGAUAUGUGAAACUUUUGGUGUGAUUUCUUUUACCGAUCUUUUAAGCGGCCUCUGAUUUUGGACGAUAUUUUGUCAUGAAGAUACGAAAGCCUGGAUGUGGGCCCAGGUACUGAGGAUAGCCUAUAGCUUCAAUCAUGUAGUAAACCUGAUAUGAAGAUUAAAAACAUUGCAGCUUAUGCUUGCUGAACUGGUAGUCAAGAGUGUUGCAUCACGACAUGGGAAGCCCUGCUUCAGGUACCGAGAGGUGUGGGGUAUUUAAUCUAAAUUUAUUCAAGAUUAACACUUUCGUGAGAACGAAAUUCGAAGAGGCUGCUCGGAGAUAUGGCUCAGAAAAGCGCACAGCCGCGAUGUUCCCUCCCUCACCCAAGGUUGCUGAGCCAGCAGCCUCUACUGCCUCUAAAAGUAAAUCAAAGAAAUCUUCCUUAUCAAAAGCUGCGUUACCUGCAGCAGCAAAGUCAAACCCACGCACUUCAUCAACUACGAGAUCAGCUGCGUCACAUGCUAACAGGUGGUCAUUCAGAAGCUUCACGAACGUGGUUGUCAGCUCAUCCGAGGGAACAGAAAUAACAAAUUACUAUGCAGAAAAACAACAUCUGGAGGCUGGAAUAUCACCCUCCAGGUCUGUUGAAGAAGAAGAAGAAGAAGAAGAUACUAUUCAGGUGGACAUUCAGAGAAUGAGGAACGACUUCGUACAGCACAGGAUCCGACCUGCCAUCCAACACCGUCCCCCACCUCUGUUGGAGGACGUCUUGAAGACUCCUGUCAUUUCCUCUCGGUCCGACUUCAGACCCAAGGGCCGGGGGUUUGUUCCUCCAUUUCAUGGACGCCAGAUACCAGGAAGAAGUGGGGUUCGCCAUGUUCGUCCCCUCUACAGGAAGAAUCCUUUUAUUGAUCUGAAAGAAGUCGAACAAUGGUCUGAAAAGGAUUUUGCACCGGACGAAAUGUUGGUGGAAGAGAAUUCUCCACCCAGACCCUCCUAUCAUAUCUACCGUGUGAAUGUAGAUGGCACCACUUACCCUUUGCCAGUGACAGUGAUGCCCCUGGAAAAGAAAAGAGACCAGGAAUCAACUUCAGCCUUCAUUUCACGUAAGAGUACUCCAGCGCCCCAAGUUCAACCUUCUGUUUGGCAAGGUACUUCCGGUGAUGGACCUGGAGGACAGGCCUGGCAAUCCAAGGAUAGGCGAUUACUCAGAGGAAACAAUCUGACAGAGAACACUCUCAAAAACAGGACUGAGAUAAAUUUUGCAUCUGCUAAAGCUAACAAAAAUAAAAAGACUAAAGGAGCACAGAGAGAAAGUUUGCUGUUUGUGAAUGAGAAUGGAAGCAAGAACGAGAAACCUGCUAUAUCUCAUGUGAGUAAAACUCACUGUAAUGAUAAUGAUGAUGAUGAUGAUGUUGAGAUAAUUAAAAUAUGUGAUAAAAGUGAUACGUCUGUAGCAAAUUUCAUUUUGCUUUCGAGUGACUCAUCUCCUGAAUCAGUAGCUAGUGCUAGGGAGACCCCAAAACUAAUUCAGUAGCAAGCCACAAACAAG